AUGCCGUGCUCUUCCUCCACUUCCACUACCACUGGCGAUAACAGCAGCAGCAGCAACAACAACAACAAGAAUAGAAAUGAUUCUUCUUGUCUGCGCGAGUUCAAGCUGAACGAAUCCACUUUUCUAGCUUCGCUCAUGCCUAAGAAGGAGAUUGGCGUCGAUCGUUUCCUCGACGCUCAUCCUGAGUACGACGGUCGCGGCGUUCUCAUCGCCAUCUUCGAUUCUGGUGUAGACCCAGCUGCUGAUGGAUUACAUAUUACCUCAGAUGGGAAACCAAAAGUUCUCGAUGUCCUUGAUUGCACAGGGAGUGGUGAUAUUGAUACCUCAAAGGUGGUGAAGGCUGAUGCUGACGGUCGUAUUACUGGGGCAUCAGGGGCAUCAUUGGUUAUCAAUACUUCAUGGAAAAAUCCUUCUGGUGAAUGGCAUGUGGGUUUUAAAUUGGUUUAUGAGCUAUUCACAGAAGAUUUGACUUCUCGUUUGAAGAAAGAAAGAAAGAAAAAGUGGGAUGAGAAAAACCAGGAGGAAAUUGCUAAGGCUGUAAAACAACUUGCUGAUUUUGAUCAGAAACACAUCAAGGUGGAGGAUGUACAACUUAAAAGGGCACGGGAAGAUAUCCAGAAUAGACUUGAUAUUCUGAGAAAGCAAUCUGAGAGCUAUGAUGAUAGAGGGCCGGUCAUAGAUGCUGUUGUCUGGCAUGAUGGAGAGGUUUGGAGGGUUGCCCUUGACACGCAGAGUCUGGAGGAUGAUCCAAAUAGUGGAAAGCUUGAGCAACUUAACAAGAUAGAGAGGAAGUAUGGUGUCUUCAGCAAAUUAGAUGCCUGUACAUUUGUUGUUAAUGUUUAUAAUGAUGGGAAUGUCUUGAGUCUCGUAACAGACUGUUCUCCACAUGCCACCCAUGUUGCUGGUAUAGCUACCGCUUUCCAUCCAAAGGAGCCCUCAUUGAAUGGAGUAGCACCUGGUGCACAAAUAAUAUCUUGUAAAAUUGGGGAUUCUCGCCUAGGUUCAAUGGAAACAGGAACUGGUUUGAUUCGUGCACUGAUCACAGCUGUGGAGACUUUUAAUGAUGGGCAUUCUACAUUUCCUUUUCAGCAUAAGUGUGACCUGAUCAACAUGAGUUAUGGUGAAGGAACAUUACUACCAGACUAUGGGCGCUUUGUUGACCUUGUGAAUGAAGUGGUGAACAAGCAUCGUCUGAUAUUUGUGAGCAGUGCUGGUAAUAGUGGGCCAGGAUUGAGCACUGUUGGUGCACCUGGUGGUACUUCUUCAAGUAUUAUAGGUGUUGGUGCAUAUGUAUCUCCUGCUAUGGCUGCUGGUGCUCAUUGUGUUGUUGAACCUCCUUCCGAUGGGCUUGAAUACACUUGGUCUAGCCGAGGACCAACAGCUGAUGGAGACCUUGGUGUUUGUGUGAGUGCUCCUGGUGGUGCUGUUGCUCCUGUUCCCACGUGGACUCUUCAACGGCGGAUGCUCAUGAAUGGGACAUCAAUGGCAUCACCGUCAGCCUGUGGAGGAACUGCAUUGGUCAUAAGUGCAAUGAAGGCUGAGGGAAUUCCUGUGAGUCCAUACAGUGUGAGAAUAGCACUUGAAAAUACUGCAGUCCCCAUAGGUGAUUUACCUGAGGAUAAAUUAUCUACUGGACAAGGGCUUAUGCAAGUUGACAAGGCUUUUGAAUAUAUACAGAAGUGUCAAAAUGUUCCAUAUCCUUCAUCAAGAGGCAUCUACCUUAGGGAGGCUAGUGCUUGCCGUCAAUCUACUGAGAAUGAAUUAAAGAUGGGAAAACCAAUUACUGAUGAUGAUUUGUACUUGGAUCCAAUCUUGGUUUUCCUUCCCCCAUCCCUAUCUUGGACAGUUAAAGUUAAUCCAAAAUUUCAUGAAGAUGCCGACAACUUAGAGGAUCUGGUUUCAUUUGAGGAGUGCAUUGAAUUACAUUCUACAGAAGAGGCAGUUGUGAAGGCCCCUGACUAUCUAUUGCUCACUCAUAAUGGUCGCACCUUCAAUGUUGUGGUCGAUCCUUCCACUCUUGGCGAUGGUCUACAUUAUUUUGAGGUCUAUGGUAUUGACUGCAAAGCUCCAUGGCGUGGUCCUCUUUUCAGAAUUCCAAUCACCAUAACAAAGCCCAAGGCUGGGUCAUACUUGACUUCAACACUUUCAGUUAUUUGCUUUUGGUUUGUUGGUUCACUAGGCAAUAUAGAAAGGAGAUACAUUGAAGUGCCGCCUGGGGCAACUUGGGCCGAAGCAACAAUGAAAACAUCAGGUUUUGACACAGCACGAAGAUUUUAUAUUGAUGCCGUUCAGCUAUGCCCAUUACGAAGACCUUUGAAAUGGGAGGCUUCUGUAACUUAUCCCUCUCCUGCUGCCAAAAGCUUUGCCUUUAGGGUAGUAAGCGGUCAAACAAUGGAACUAGUCAUUUCCCAGUUUUGGUCAAGUGGCAUAGGGAGUCAUGAGACUGCGAGUGUGGAUUUUGAGGUUGUGUUUCACGGGAUAAAAGUCAAUGAAGAUGUUAUACUUGAUGGUAGUGAGGCACCAGUUAGGAUUGAUACUGAAGCUCUACUGGUAUCAGAGGAACUUGCACCUGUGGCAAUUCUAAACAAGAUUAGGGUCCCAUAUCGACCAGUAGAUUCUAAGAUUAGUGCACUUUCAACAGAUCGGGACAAACUUCCUUCUGGAAAGCAAAUACUGGCGUUGACUUUGAUCUACAAGAUCAAAUUGGAAGAUGGAGCUCAAAUAAAACCUCACUUACCAUUGUUAAAUGACCGCAUAUAUGACACUAAAUUUGAGUCUCAAUUUUACAUGAUUUCUGACUCAAACAAGCGCAUAUAUUCAAGAGGAGAUGUCUAUCCAAGCUCUUGUACUCUUCCCAAAGGAGAAUAUACUCUACAGUUAUAUUUGAGGCAUGACAAUGUGCAGAUUUUGGAAAAGAUGAGGCAUUUGGUUUUAUUCAUUGAGCGAAAUUUGGAAGAGAAGGAUGUCAUUCGGUUAAGCUUUUUCUCUCAACCGGAUGGUCCACUGGUGGGAAAUGGUUCCUUUAAGUCCUCAUCACUUGUUCCAGGUAUAAAAGAAGGAUUCUAUAUUGGUCCACCACCAAAAGAGAAGAUUCCCAAGAAUUCUCCACAAGGAUCUGUGUUGCUAGGAGCAAUUUCUUAUGGGAAGCUAUCAUUUGCUGGUCAGGAAGAUAAUAAAAAUCCUGAAAAGCACCCUGCAUCGUAUAAAAUUUCUUAUAUAGUUCCCCCAAAUAAGAUUGACGAGGACAAGGGAAAAGGUUCUUCCUUAUCUUCCAAGAAGAAUGUUUCAGAACGAUUAAACGAAGAGGUAAGAGAUACAAAAAUAAAAGUUCUAGCAAGCCUAAAACAAGAAACUGAUGAAGAGCGCUUGGAGUGGACAGAGCUAUCUGCCUUGCUUAAAUCAGAAUAUCCAAAGUACACUCCGUUACUUGCAACCAUUUUGGAAGGUUUAGUUUCUAGGAGUAAUGUCAAAGACAAAAUUCAUCAUGAUGACGAGGUGAUCGGUGCAGCCAAUGAAGUGAUUAACAGUAUUGACACAGAAGAGCUGGCAAAAUUUUUUGCACUUAAAAAUGAUCCAGAAGAGGAAGAAGCAGAGAAUAUCAGGAAAAAGAUGGAGUUAACCCGAGAUCAAUUGGCAGAGGCACUGUACCAAAAGGGGCUUGCGCUGGCAGAGAUUGAGUCUUUAAAGGACGUAGAUAAGUCCCCAACUUUGGCUGCCACAGAAGAGGCAAAAGGAGGCUUAGACAAAAAACAAACUACAGAUGAUAGCAGAGAUUUGUUUGAAGAGAAUUUUAAAGAACUGAAGAAAUGGGUUGAUGUGAAGUCAGCUAAAUAUGGAAUGCUCUUAGUAACACGUGAGAGGCGAGCUCAAAGGCUUGGGACAGCAUUGAAGGUACUGUGUGACAUAAUUCAAGAUGAUGCAGAGCCUGCCAAAAAGAAAUUCUACGAUCUAAAGCUGUCUUUGCUUGAUGAGAUUGGAUGGACACAUUUAGCUACAUAUGAGAGACAGUGGAUGCAUGUGCGUUUCCCUCCAAGCUUGCCUCUUUUCUAG